AUGGGAUUGUUAACAGUACUUAAAAAAUUGAAACAAAAGGAGAAAGAAAUGCGCAUUUUAAUGCUAGGUUUGGAUAAUGCUGGCAAGACAACAGUUUUAAAGAGAAUUAAUGGAGAACCAAUUGAUACAAUAUCACCAACUCUUGGUUUCAAUAUUAAAACUUUAGAACAUCGUGGAUAUAAACUUAAUAUAUGGGAUGUAGGUGGUCAAAAAUCAUUGCGUUCGUACUGGAGAAAUUAUUUUGAGUCUACAGAUGGUCUUAUAUGGGUGAUUGAUAGCGCAGAUAGAAGAAGAUUAGAAGAUUGUAAGACAGAAUUAUACAAACUUUUGCAAGAGGAGAGAUUAGAAGGAGCAAGUUUAUUAAUACUUGCAAAUAAACAAGAUUUACCUGGUGCAUUAAAUGCAUCUGACAUUGCAGAAAUUUUGGAAUUACCUAGUAUUAAGACUCAUCACUGGCAAAUAUACAAAUGUUCAGCAGUUACAGGAGAAAACCUCGUAGAAGGAAUAAAUUGGAUUGUUGAUGAUAUUUCUGCUAGAAUAUUUUACAUAGACUAA